AACUGCCUUAUAAAUAAGGUGAAGGUCUUGCUUAAGAACUCGUCCCACACUGAACUAGCAUUCCAGUUUAGUCGUUUCAAUCAAUUAAACAAAAUGUCUUGCUGUGGUGGAAACUGUGGCUGUGGCUCUGGCUGCAAAUGCGGGGGUAGCUGCAACGGAUGCGGCAUGUACCCUGAUUUGAGUUCCUCAGAGAAGACAACCACCGAAGCCAUUGUUGUUGGUGUUGCUGGGAAGAUGCACUUUGAGGGAUCCGAGAUGGGCUUUGGAGCAGAGAAUGGUGGCUGCAGUUGUGCAAAUAACACCUGCAAAUGCGGAAAUAGCUGCAGCUGCAACCCCUGCAAUUGUUAAUUAUAAAUCAUGGAAAUGCCGGAAAUAAAUCAAAAGCAGCAGUGAUCUAAAGAAAAAUAAUAAGUUUAUUAUAAAUAAGAGAGCCUUAUCUGCUUCAACAUCUUCCCUGGAUUAGUUGUAGCUAAUUGGCUCUUCUGUUUAACUACUGCUUUCUUAUCUUAUCCUUAUGUGUAUGGAAGAUUAAUAAAUCUCUCUUCUUUUAAUUACUAUCA